UGGCUCCCAGCUUCCUCUUCAGCUACGUGAAGUUCCCCAGUUUUCAACCCCCAAGCAAGAAACUUCCAGCAAUGAAGGUCUUUGUGUGCGUCCUGGCUGCUUUGGUUGCCACCUCGUCGGCUGGCUUCAUCGGUGGAUCCGGUGGUGGUGGCGGCGGCGGUGGCGGUGGCUACAGCUACGGAAUCGGUUCUGGAGGCGGUGGUGGCCACCAGGAGGUGAAGACCAUCCAGGUCAUCCAGGAGGCUGGUGGCUACUCUGGCGGUCACGGCGGUGGCUACUCCGGCGGUCACGGAGGCUACUCCGGUGGUGGCCACCAGGAGGUGAAGACCGUGAAGGUCAUCCACCAGGAAGGCGGCUACUCCGGCGGACAUGGCGGUGGCUACUCUGGCGGACAUGGCGGCUACUCCGGCGGUGGACACCAGGAAGUGAAGACCGUCAAGGUCAUCCACGAGGAGGGACAUGCUCUUGGCGGCGGCGGCGGCUACGCUGGCGGCUUCUCGGGUCAUGGACACGGACACGGUGGCCACCAGGAGGUCAAGGUGGUCAAGGUCAUCCACGAGGAGGGCGGUCAUGACCACGGACAUGGCGGUGGCUACUCUGGCGGUCAUGGCGGAUUCCCUGGCGGUCACCAGGAGGUCAAGACUGUGAAGGUCAUCCACCAGGAGUCGGGCGGUCAUGGCGGCUACUCUGGCGGACAUGGCGGUUACUCCGGCGGACAUGGCGGAUACUCCGGUGGCCACCAGGAGGUCAAGACCGUGAAGGUCAUCCACGAGGAGGGACACGCUCUGGGCGGCGGUGGCGGUUAUGCUGGUGGCUUCUCUGGUCAUGGACAUGGACACGGUGGCCACCAGGAGGUCAAGGUGGUGAAGGUCAUCCACGAGGAGGGCGGUCACAGUCACGGCGGUCACGAUCACGGUCACGGUCACGAUCACGGUCACUCGCACGGCGGCUUUGAGGAGGUCAAGACCAUCAAGUUCAUUCACGAGGAGGGCGGCCACGCCCACGGACCCGCCCCCAUCGUGAGCAACGAGUACCUGCCUCCGAGCAACGAGUACCUGCCCCCCGUUUCCGCCCCCCAGCCUGGAUACCUGCCCCCUCCAGCUGGAAAUGAGUUCCUCGCCUCCAAUAGAUUCAAGCCAUACUGAUCUUUGAGCUUUGUUAAGUAGUUUUAAGCCAAAUUUUUUUCUGCCCAUAUUUUUUUUACUGUUGUACCCAUACUACCUCACAUCCUGAACAAAUAUACCAUCUGUAAAUUAUAAA